CUGCUGUCAAUCGAACAAAUAGCAGUAGCAGUAGCAGCAGCAGCAGCAGUAGCUGCAGCAAUAGCAAUUGAAACUUCCUUUAGUUUUCUUUCAGUACUGAAAGCAAAAUGUUUUGGGGUCUCAGCACAGCUUUGGAUCUGUACGAGGAGUACCUGAGAGCCUUUAAGAUAAAGGAUGAGCCGUGUGCAGAAGCGGCAGAGCAGCAGCCUGAUGCUCUCAAUAUACUCAUCUGUGGUGGCGCAGAUCCAAGGCAUGUUAUCAAAACUCUAGCCAAACGCUAUACACAUGGGGCUAAGCCAAAGCUGAAGUUCUAUUUGCUGGAUGCCUGUGUUGAGAUUAUGGCCAGGAAUAUGUUGCUAUUGGCUCUGGCUUUGGAGCCGCCUGAGUCGUUUAGCCUGGUCUGCAAGGCGCAUCUCUUCAUGGACAUCUAUGGCAAUUCGCUGCUGCGUCCCAGUUCGCAUCAUUAUGUGGCGGCCAAAGCACGCACUUUGCUCAACAUGAUCUGUGACGAGGAGCAGCUGCAACGUUUCGCUCCAAUGAUCAACAUUGAAGCGCUUAAGUACAAGGAGCGCGACGGCUUGGAAAUGGCCUUCAGCUAUUGGCAGCCGCAGGAGCAGGUCUACGACAUACAACGCUACUGGGAGCAGCGAGUGCGCGCUUUGCUAGGAUCUCGCUACGAUCAUCGAGAAGGCGCCUUCGACUGGGAUCUGAGCAUGACGCUAAAGAGUCGCGAAGCACAGCAAAUAUGCUCGCAGGAGUAUCGCUAUUGGAGAGAGUCCGGAGUAGCCUUUGUGUUUCCCGAAUACGAGCACUGCAAGCCGAACAAAACAUUUGCUGCGGGACUCGUACGCAACGGACGCACCUUUUUGCAUCGUGGCUAUGUGGGUGACAUACAGACGGGUCCCUUUUGUGGCUUUGGGCUGCGCAGCACAGAGGAGCGACUGCAUAACUCGGUGCACGGCGAAAAUGACUAUCGAGCCACAGAUAUAACCGAGCGCAAUCUACUCGAAUUCUUUCACGAGCUGCAAACGCAAACCGUUUACGAGCACGACAAAGACAUCUCGCGACGUUACGGCUCCACGAAGCUGCUGAUGACUCCACUGCUCACCCACAACGAAUGCGAUGCUAACGAGGGGCAGACGAGCUAUGACAAGCCCUGGAUCCCAGUGCCCAAUGUCGAGGUCCACUUCAUUUCGCCCAUGGAGAUAAAGGAGCUGCAGAAGGGCGCAGUUCGCUGGCAGAACUAUUUCGAUGUCGCCUUCUUUGCCUACAACUAUUAUACUUUCUUGAGCAAAGAGUUCUUUAGUGCACUGCGUGAACAAUCGCUGUUUGUGCUGGAGACGAAGCUGCUGACUGUGGAGCGCAAUGAGCAUACACAAAAGUUCGAGUCGACGGCUAAGAAACUAUUUAAGGAGGCGGGUUUGCGACCAUGCCUCAACUAUCAGGCUAUCAAUGCCAAAAAUAUGCAAUUGAAAUAUAAGAAGACGCCAGGCGGACCUGGCGACGAUGUGGAUGAAUUUCCCGAGCAGCCGGAGGAAGUGAAGGAAAAGGAAUUUGAUGAAAUGGAAAAUUAUGAGACUAAACGCCAAAUAGAAGAGUUACAAGACGAGCAAACAAGGAAGCCAAAUGAAAAGGUGGAGAUGCAAGCUGAGCCUCAAUGGGAGGGUUUAAUAAUAGAAGAAAUUCAAGAGGUUCCCACAAAGGUGUCAACUGAGAAAGAGAGAACGAAACAAGAGAUUCAAAAUGAACAGCAAAUACUGAUAAGCAAAGACAAUUCAACGAAAGACUAUAUAAGACAACUUAGUCAGGUGAAGUUACACGAAUAUGAGACUAAAAACCCGGACGUGCAAUGGAAAAUAAAAGAAGAGGGACUAGUGAUUGAGGAAAUAACCGAUGAGGCUGCAAAACGAACAUAUCAAGAUGAACAGCGAGUUAAAGAGCUCGAUGGGCCACAACAAUUGGAUAGUAGUGAAACUGAGUUCCAUGACGCUCUGUCAGAAGACCCGCCGGAUGCUUAACUAAUUUUGCAUUUCAGCUACAGCAUUAAGUAAAGAAUUAAUUAAAUGCAAUGGAU